GUGAAUAAAAAAACUAACUUUAGCUGGACAAUAACUUAAUCCUAGUGCUUAUGUAAAGCCAAAACUCUCUGUUGAUGUAAUUUUCUCUUAUCCCUAUAAAUCUGCUUUGAAACUAUUCAUAUUGUUAAAAGCGCUUUGUAAAUUAAGGUGACUUGACCUGACUCAUGUUUUAUAAUAUUUUUUCUCAUAGUCCAGUUAACAUUGGAAGUAUUUCUUUGAACUGGUUUUGUAACAUUAUAUAUGUGUUCUCUGUAGGAAAUGCUGCUUGGUCAUUUAUUGGACAGGCUCUACAUCAGACUAUCAAGUUGCCUUGAUCGUGCCCCUCUGGACCUAGACUAUUUGGAGUUUGUAUGUUCACAGGAGCUUGUUGUACUCAGUGCAGUGUCAACCCAGAUUCAGAUCCCUCAAGCAGUGUCUAAUGCCCUUACUGAGGUGCAUCGCCUGGUCUCUGUACAAAAUGAACAGGAAACAAGUAUAACAGUUACCCUGGAAAGGGGAAACAGUGGACGCCCCAGAGUUCUAAUAUCCCAUGAAUAUGUGUCUGAGCUACUUAAUAUGGGCCUAUCUGUGAGGUGCAUUGCCAAUUUUGUAGGGGUUUCUAGGUCGACACUGCAGAGACGUAUGAAUGAUUGGGGAUUUUCUGUGAGGAAUCUGUACAGCGACUUAACAGAUGAUCAACUUGACAUCCUGGUGUCAGACAUUCACUCCAGCAACCCACACGCCGGGUACCGAAUGAUGUUGGGACUGCUGCGGGCACAGGGACAUCGACUGCAGUGGCAGAGGGUUCGUGCAUCAAUGCACAGAGUUGACACUGUAGGGAUUGUAACCAGAAUGUCAGAGUUGCGGUGUGUGGUACGCAGGACAUACUCUGUCCCAGGCCCCAGGUCGCUGAUGCAUAUCGAUACAAACCACAAACUUAUUAGGUACAAUAUGGUGAUAUUUGGCGGAAUUGAUGGCUUCUCCAGGAAGAUCAUGUAUCUUGGUGUGGCCAAUAACAACAAGGCCUCCACAACCCUUGCCUUCUUCAAUGAAGUUGUUGUGAGAUUUGGCUUACCAGAAAGGGUUCGUGGUGACCACGGGGUGGAAAAUGUUGAUGUCGCUCGACUUAUGUUCUCCAUCCGAGGACCCGGGAGAAACAGCUUCAUUGCGGGCAAAAGUGUACAUAAUCAGAGAAUUGAACGUCUCUGGCGAGAUGUGUUCACGGCAGUCACAUGCCGCUUCUACAGUCUUCUGCACCAGCUGGAGGGGGAUGGUCUCCUUGACCUGUCCAGUAGUCUUCAUCUCUUCUGCUGCCAGUAUGUUUUUAUUCCACGACUUCAAGCCCAGCUUGAUGUAUUCAGAGAUGGCUGGGACAACCACCCCCUUUCAACUGAGAGAAAUCACACUCCGAAUCAACUUUGGCACAUGGGUCUACAGCACAAUUCCGAAGAGUACAAUGAGGAUUUGCACAUCCCUAUGAUUGACUGGGAAAGUAGUGGUCUUAUACCCUGUGAUCCCAACUGUGGUGUCCAUGUCCCUGAGAGUGACUGUCCUUUGAGUCCUGAUGACCUGACUGGACUUAGUGUUGCUGUGGACCCAAUGGAACCCUCAACAUGCAUGGGGGUUGAUAAAUAUUUAGCUGCACUGGACUAUUUGCAAAACAUUGGCUAUGUGUAGGGCCAUCAUGAACUAAUUCCCCAUCUAAUCAAAUAAACACAACUGUAUGAUUUUUUUUUCUCCAACGUUUAUUGUGAACGCAUUUGUACAAUUGUCAAAUACAACUCUUACUGCUUCAAUAAAAGCAAACAU